ACAGAGGAGGAGCACAUAAACACACUUCAGUCUUUAUUUACACUGACUGAGCAAAAAAAAAAACACUGUGGAAACUACAAAACCGGAGACUGAAACUGCAAGCGUUUACAAAAAAUACAGAAAUAAACCUUUAAGUCCUGCGCAGAGAGAGCCGGGAAGGAGUUUUCCAGGUAUGAAUUCAGAUUCGGAGGAACAGGAAGACGAACUGUUGGCUCUGUGCAGUAUCUACGAUUCAGACGAGUUCAUCCGGAAUGAGUCGAAGGCUGCCGGAGAAUUCCGAGUGUCUGUGGAGUUGAGGAAAGACUUCACUGUGACUCUGACAGAAGGUGAAACACUGACACAGUAUGAUCUGUCAUUCCUACCGCCUCUACAUCUGACCUUUGAACUCCCUGAGGACUAUCCCUCCACCUCCCCGCCCUCUUUCACCCUCACCUGCUGCUGGCUAACACAAGCCCAGCUUUCUGCACUGGGUACUCAGCUCAUUGACCUGUACCAGAGCACAGGGGGCGCCGUGGUACUUUUCUCAUGGGUGCAGUUUCUCAAAGAGGAGGCUCUCGGGUUCUUGGACAUCCAAACUCGGCUGGAAAUCCCUUCGAUUGAACACAGUGCCCUAUUCUCCAAUAAGGAAAACCAAACUGCUGCACUCUCAGAACCAGAAACUAACCUGAUGUCAGAUUCCCCUGGUGUCCAAAAUGAGGUGUCACAUAAAAACAAGGACCUUACAAUCAAUGGGGAUUAUCAAAAGACUCCAUGUUCAACAGAAACUGCACAAGUCUCAGGUGAAAUCGAUCAAAUCCCAGAAAACAAAAAUGACCUGGAGGCAAACAAAGCAGGAUGUGUUCCCUCUGUCAACAUGGAUGAAACUGGUUUGGAAGGGUUCCCCAGUUCACCUCCCUCACAAUCCUUGGGUCAAAGUGAAGAAGGAGCCACGUCUUUGGCAGAACAGCCCACAAACUCUGCCCAAAAUAAAACCCAGAACCUCUCCACUCUUAUCUUAACCCCAGCACAAGCCCUCCUGUCCCAGCUGUUGAUUCAUGACGCAACUCAGAAGGAGAAAGUAUUUUACACCACCGUGUUCGACUGCGGUGUGUGUUUCAUGUGCUGGCUCGGUUCAGAGUGUGUGCAGAUCCCCCAGUGUGGUCACGUCUUCUGCAGGUCCUGCCUCACUGAGUUCUGCAGGCUUCAGAUAACAGAGGGGAAUGUCCGAGACAUCACCUGUCCUCAGGCGGACUGCGACGCCACCCCGACACCUGCUCAGGUCAGGAGUCUGGUUGGUGAGGAACUGUUCAAUCGCUUCGAUCGACUCCUGCUCCAGUCCACUCUUGACUAUAUGUCUGAUGUGAGUUACUGUCCACGGCGUUCCUGUGGUUCAGUUGUCAUUGUGGAGAAGAGCGGCAGCAUGGCGAUGUGUUCGGUGUGCAGCUACGCCUUCUGCGUUCUCUGCAAAAAGACCUACCAUGGAACAGAAGACUGUCAGAAAAUGAAGCCCCCAAGACAGAAGACAAACAAAGAUGAUGAACAAGGUUUUGCAGACUUUCCACAAACAAAAGAGGGAAUGAAUGCUCUGUGGGAUGACUACUCCAGCGGCAGUAAGGACAGACGGCGCCUCCUGGAGAGCAGGUACGGCCGCUGUAACCUGGUGGUUACCAUGGAGAGCCGCCUCAGUCAGGAAUGGAUUGCCGUCACCUGCAAGAACUGUCCUUACUGUUUCUCCAGGAUAGAGAAAAAUGGUGGAUGCAACCGAAUGACAUGCUCUCGGUGUAGCCGGCAAUUCUGCUGGGCCUGUCUCACCAAACUAACCUAUGAGAAUAAUCAUCAACACUUCAGUCAUGACAGUCCCUGCACUAUAUGGGCAUGGAGCUAGAAAAAUUUUGGUAUAAUGUUUUAUUUUGCCUGUUGUGUUGUAUUCCAAACAGUUCAAAUAUAUCAUCAACGCUAAUUUCAUCAGAAGUUUACAAACUUGAGAAGUGCCUGAAAGUUCGGUGUGUGGUAUUUAGUGACAUCUAGUGGUGAAGCUGCAGAAUGCAAUCAACUGAACACCCCCUCCAUCCUCACCUUCAGUGGCUGCAAACAUCCAGGGUUCAUCUGAAACCCCAAACUAUGUAUGAUAUCACACAGCAUCAUUACUAACAUUUUACAUACUUUCAUAUUAAAAAAAUAAAGAAGAAAACAGUAGAAUGUAUAUCUCCAGCUCCUCAGGGUGGAAUAAAUGUCACUUCCUGAAAGCUUCCUUACCGGUUCAGAACACGUAACCACGGUAACCAUCAAAUCUUACUUCUACUAUGAUGUGUGCAAUACUACAGACUGUAUUAAGAAUUUCUAUUUAUUUGUAUAUUAUACAUGUGGACAUGCAUGACACCUAAAUUGACCCUCUGCAUUUAACCUAUUACAAGCUUAACAUGAUAGAUAGAUAGAUAGAUAGAUAGAUAGAUAGAUAGAUAGAUAGAUAGAUAGAUAGAUAGAUAGAUAGAUAGAUAGAUAGAUAGAUAGAUAGAUAGAUAGAUAGAUAGAUAGAUAGAUAUUAUAUUCCAUUAUUGCACUUAGAUCCCCCUAAACCCUCAUAAAUCUCACACAUUGAACCUUUUAUUUGUGUGUUUUUUAUUUUUUUAUUUUAGAUUUACUCUCUGGAAGCGUCUUUUAUUUGAACCUCUGCUGUGCUCUUUUAGUCAUGCAACAAAACACACCCUCUGUCUUAAUGGGAAUGGCCAGUAGAGGGUGAUAUAUGACUAAACUCAGAGUUUUAGAGCGAUAUCUUUACAAGAUUUUUUUUAAAAUUUUAAGAUAAGUGUGGGGUUUUUUUGUUUUGUUUUUUUUUUUAAUAAAAAAUACUUUUGGCCUGCACUAUUAAAUUUUUAUGCUGCAGAAAGCUUUCAAUGACAAGUGCACUGUAAAAUUAUUAUAUUUACAAUAAACUAAGAAAAUUACUUUGCA